AUGAAUAUACCAAAUUUUAUAAUACCGUGUGAAGAUUUAAUAAAUAAACUAAUUGAUAUGUCAGCAGUUCCACUUGGCACAUUACCACCAACAGUUUCAUUAAAAACUGAAAUUUUCAAUGGUAUCUCAAAAUUGGAAAAUGUUAUUAUUCAAUAUGUAAAUGAAAUCUUAAUUGAAUUUCCUUUAUUAAAUGAAUUAGAACCAUAUAUAUUAGAACAAGUUGAAAUUUUAAUUGAUAGAUCAAAAUAUUUUUAUAGUUUAGGAGAAGUUAAUAAAACAGCUAAAGAUGUUGAAUUCAUUAUAGAUAAUUAUAAUUUACUUUUUCAAAAUACAACAGAUCCAACUGUUUUAAAAAAUUUAUUUAAAUCAGUAUUAGGUAGAGUUUGUUCAACACUUAGAAAUAAAUCAAAAGCAAUAAAUUAUUUAAAUCAUUCAAUUAAAGCAUUUCAUUCAAUUCCAAUCGUUCAAGAUUAUUUAUCAACUUGUAUUAUACUUGGUGAUAAAACUGAUGAUUUAUUCUUUAGUAUAAUAAUGGAUGAUAAUAAUAAUAAUAACUCAUCAAUAACAAUCAAUAAUAAUAACAAUAAAAAUAAAAGUAAUAAUAAAAAUAAAAAAGAUAAUUAUAGUAAAAGAUAUAUUAGAGAAGAAGAUUUUAGAUUUGAUACAGAUUAUGAUGUUAGACAUUCAGAUGACGAUGACGAUGACGAUGAUGAUGAAGAUUAUGAAGAUGAAGAUGAAGAUGAUGAAUUUGAAGAGGAUGAAAUAUUAAAUGAUGAUGAUUACUAUUUUAAAUCACAAGAAGCAAUAAUUAGAUCAUAUAAAUUUAAUGACAAUAUUAAUUAUAGUUUAAAGAAUGAAGAUUUUGAUAACUGUGGUGAUAAUGAUAGUGGUAAUAAUAAUAAUAACAAUAAUGCAACAACAACCUCUCCAACAGUAAUUAAACCAUUUAGUAUUGGUACAAUUAAUAAAUUUCAAAUAAUUGAAACACCAUCACUAUCAACUGUAAUAAAGAAAUCAAAUAAUACUUUAAUAUUAUUAGAGAUGGUUAAAACAUUAUUAAAAAAUAUAAAUGGAUUAAUAUUGAUUAAUAUUGAUUUCAACGUUUCAACAAUCGAUGAAAUUGAAGAACAAAUCAAUUAUUUCAUAACAGUAAAGCAAUUCUUUUCAAAUCAAAUAUUAUUAAUUUUUACAAAUUGUAAAUCUUCAAAAGAUUCUGUUGAUUUUAUUGAAUUCUUUAAAAAGAAACUAUUAUCUUCAUCAUCAAAUAAUACCAAUAAUAAUAAUAAUAAUAUUAAUGUAGAAAUACCACCAAUUUUUAUGUAUGAACAUCAUGUUAAUCAAAUUAAAGAAUAUAUAUUAAAAUUUAAAAAUUUCCCAGCUAGUCCAUUUAAAAAGAAUAAUUUAAGUAAUAUGUUUAAUGGAUUAACAGUUGAUCAACAAAAUCAAAUGGACAGAUUACAACAAGAACAACAAAGAAAACAACGAUCACAAGAAAUUGAUUUUGAUAUUUUAGAUAAAAUUAAUAAAUUGGAUUUAAAUAAAUAA